CAGAAAUCUCUAUCGCUGCUGACUUUGACUGUAUUACUUCUGGACAUGAAUCACACUAGGACUGCCCUCGAAGGGCGCAGCAAGUCCUCCAUCGAGUCGCCUGAAAUCCAACAACGGUACCUGGAGAUCACUGCCGAAACGCGUGGUCAUUUCAUCUGUGGUCCUUCAGCAGAGGCAUUUGUGAAGGAGCAUAUGCCUUGGAACGAUACCACCCCAGAAAGCUUCAGACAAAAGGAGCCAGCCAAGUCCCAGCAGGAUCGGCUGAUUUCUAUGGCAAAUAUUUCAGAGUGUGAGAUGUACGAGAAAUAUACUACGGCUCUUGAUAAUUGGCCCUUACCCAUGGAUACAGCGAAACCAGAAUACCUUUCGAUGCGUCCCCAACUUGGGAAUUUCCGUGACCCAGACGCAGACUGUGAGAGCCGGACCGCCGAUCACUCGUUUAUGGAGAUGCAGACAGAAUUGAUGGUACAUGAUGAUGACGAUGCUUUCAUUGACUUAGACGAUGAAGAGGAGUUAGAGGAUGAAGAUCAGCAAAUGGCAGGAACCGACAGUCCAUUAUCCCGUGGUACGGGUGACAUCUCAGAGCCUAUACAACCGCCAAAAUCUGUGCCACCCAAUUUUCCCUUCGAGAACGACACCCUCAAAGGGCGCGAGACACGCGGGCAGAUCUCUUGCUACGCUGGCGCCACAAUGAUGUUCCAAUACCGCUCUCACCUCUUUACGAUCUUCAUACACGGAAGAUUUGCGCGUAUCUUACGCUGGGAUCGAUCCAGUGCUAUUGUUAGCAAGCGCUUCAAUUACACCAAAGUUCCCGCCUAAUUUUUCGACUUUUGCAAGCGUUUCGCUGGACCAGCCAUCGUAUAAUCGGAUUGGGCAAAGCGAUUUGCAGAAAAGUCGGCAAACGCAACGACCCUUGGCUCGGUGGGCUCUUUGAAGACGUAUUUCUUGAUACGAGUAAAGUCGUCUGUUAAGGGUCGUCCAU